AACUCUGCUGUUAUGUCUGUUUUUAGACGGCAAUAAAUAAGUUAAAUAAAAAAUUGUGAAUAUCUAUUCAUGCAAUUGAUGAAUAUCGAGAGAGAGAGAGGUUUUAUAUUUAUCACUUAUAGGAAGCUAGAGCCAUGGCUGCUAUUUACUCAGGAAUCCACCUGAAGCUGAAGAGUCCACAGACUCCGUGGGAGGACAGGCUGAAGCUGGCCCGGUUUGCGUGGAUCUCCUCCCAGUGUCUGCUGCCCAACAAAGAGCAGGUUUUGUUGGACUGGUGUACCCACGCCCUGACAAUCUGGCACAGUAAGAAGGUGGAGUUCUCCCAGGACGUCCUGGAAGGCUUGUGGUGCUACCUGGAUGAAGUAGUUCACAGCAGGAAGCUGCAUUCCUUCAUCAAGGAGGGGAAGACAGUAACUCUGAGGCUCAACAUGGCGCAGCUGCUGCUCGACCUCCUGCAGGACUGCACACACGGCCGCCCACCGGUGGCUCUGCCCACCAUACUGAGCGUGUGUCGGGGGAUUCUGUCUUCUUCUGCCCUUUCAUCUGUGUUUACCACAAAGUAUGAACUGAUGGUCAGCCUGCUGGCCAAGUCCUGCUUGUUGGCCUGCCAUGAGAUUCAGACGCAGUCGCACACAAAACGACAAAAAGAUGAAACUGAGUAUCUACAGGUGGAACCUGACUCCGAUCUGAUGAUCACUGAUGAGUCUAAGAAAGACAAACCCUCUUCUAAUCUGUUUGAAGUCUUGCUUCAGGUGCUGGUUUGUUAUUUAUCAGUGCAGCGACAACAAGCCAACCCGAACAGAGUCUUCACUCUGGUCACCAACCAGCUGGUCCAACCUUUAGUUUUGCUCAGAUUCUUGCUGACUUCUCAGGAGUUUGCUCCUUACACACACCUUCAUGUCCGGCAGCAGCUGCGCAAAGAUGUCCGCCUCAAGAUCGACUCCAUCCUCCAGUUGGCUCUGUUCCCCUCCGAGCAAAUGGCAUCCUACAAGGCAGAGCUCCUCCCAGCCAAAGAGGAUUCUGGGAAACGUGGUUCAGGUGGGACGAAGGGUCCUCUUAAGCCUGUCGGCGCUUUGCUUUCCAAACUGGACGCUCAAGAUUACUGCGAGCCGACUCUGCGCUACUCGGUGAAGUCCGACGCCUCGUCUCUGAUGUUCAGGUUCUUUCUGGAAAGCUACGGGAAAGGAAAAGGAGAAAGCGACGAGGAGCGGGGGAUGUUGUGUUUCUAUUUUUUAGCGAGACUGGUGCCGAUGUUGGAUCUUCAGCUUCAUGGAGGCUCCGCUGAGCAGAAAAGUCCUCCGGGUUCCCCACAGAGCUGGAGCCAGGCCCUGCAGACUGCCGAGUCGCUGCUGACCCAGGCUCUGUCCGCAGACAUCUACAACAUCGCUGCAGACAGGAUACGACACGGGGAAGUCCAGCUCAGGUUCUUCAGAACCGUGGCCCAAACACUCCUGAAUGAAGCUCAACCGAGCGUACCGUCGUGGUACCGGUGUCUAAAGGUGCUGCUGAAUCUCAACCAUCUGAUUCUGGAGCCGGAUUUGGAGCAUCUGCUGUCCUCGGCCUGGGUAAACGCUGAGAACAUGGAAGCACAAGUUCAACGCGCCAGACAGCUGAUGGUGAGCGCUCUCCUCCGGACCUACGCUAAGCUGCGGCAGCUGCCUCAUCUCUUCUCUUCGCUGCUCUCUGUGAUCUGCCAGCCGGCUCCGGACCAGCGCCGCCCUCCUCUGCUCUCCGAAGGCGUAUCUGCUUCUCUCAGGUUUUGUCUUCUGGACUCGUCGCCUUCUCAGGCGCUGGAGAUUUGCUCGUUAGUGUUACAGAACGUCAGGAGCCAUUUACUGCCCGACUUGGUCAACGAGGAGUUAGAUGAAGAGGAAAGGGAGACAGACGGACGCCAGAAGAAAGAAGCUGCGUCUCUGAAGCUGUGCUGCCUCUGUCAGCUGCUUCAUGUCGUUUUGUUCAACCUGAAAACUCUCGAUAACUCGUCUCCGCUUCUUCUCGUCAGGCGGAGUGAAGCCUUCAUGCAGGAGAUGCAGGAGAUGAUGAAAGAUCUGCUAAAUAUGUCUUUAAAAUCUGCUCCAAAAAAGCGUAAAAAGAAAGCACUGGAAUGGGAACAGAAGACCCAGGAGGCCAUUCUUCUGCUCAGAUACACCUGGGUGGAAGUGGACGCUCUCUUCCACAUCCACUGCAGCAAAUACACGUCAGUGGAUUCAUUCCUGACUGCUGAGGACGGGACUGAAGGGUCUCCGCUGCUAACCCACCUGGAGGCACUGAUAUCAGGUGCGAUCCUACCGACUCGUCUCCAUCCGACUCCGUCCUGCAGCCCUGUGAGCUGCUUGCUGCUCAAACUCCUCACCCUGCAGCAGAUGAAGAAGGUUUUACUGGACAGAGCCUUACUGGGUGAAAGCAGCAACACCGCCCUGCUAAAGACGGCGGUCCGGUUUAUCGUGGCCAAGUCGGAGUUUGAGGAGGAACCCAUUGGAGACGAUGUGUGGGACGGUCAGAUAGGCGGUGUGAACGUCAGCACUUACCCUGCUGCUCACUGGUUUGUUGUUGUGUCAAACUUGCCUCUACUUGUUCUCCACAUGAGCGAGGAAAACGUCAGAGACGUAGCAGACGUGUUGGUGGACUCGUUGAUGCACAGAGACGUGGAACGGUCCGGAGAUCAGCUUCCUGGAUGUCUGAGUUUCUCCUCCGUUUCCUCGCAGCUUGCUCUGAGCAAAGUUUUCCCAGAGCUGCCGUCGAUCUUCUCUGCUACAGUUCGCUCCAUCGUUCGGCGGAUCAUCGGCGUUCUCAAAGUGGGUCUUACACCAAAACGUAAACCUUCAUUUGUGAUGGUUUAUGAGAAAGAAACCGGAUCGGUUCCUUCUGGAUCAGAGCCUGUGUUCUCGCCGCUGGUCGCUGAGGCUGUAGUUCAGGAUAUCUCUGCGUCUUUUAAAGCUGGAGAGGUUUUUGUUCUGCUGACAGACACUCAAACCAAGGAGCUCCUCAACUUGAUCCAGAUCUUAUUCAACCUCAACCCAGACGGGAUGAACUCUGAGGAUCUCUCCUCCGUCUUCCUCCUCCUCUUCUUCACGUUUACCUCCACCUCUGUGCGCCCAGAGCCUCCUGAAACUGGAGGGGACGCUCUGUUCUUCGGGAAGCUGCUCCGAACUCUGACUCGCCUGCUGGAGGGAAUCGGCUUCCCGAGUGUUUUGAAGCUCGUCCACGGCGGGACUCUUCUUCAGACUGCUCUGGCUUCUCUCCUGCGGCGCUGCAGAACACCUGCAGUCAUAAUCACCUCUGAUUGGCUGGAAUUAGUCAGCGUGGCGCAGGGCUUCAUAAAAUCAUUAGUUCAGCUUAUAAUAACCAGAAAUAGCAGCGUUAGACUCAACCUGGAGCAGGUUGCUUCCUACUUGACCAAUAAGGAAAUCUUAAAUGACCAGCCCGGUUCUGGAGCGUCCAUGUUUGUCCAUCUUCUUCUGGCUUCUCUGACUUCCUUCUCCCAAGCAAUGUUGUCUAAUUUGGGAAGAAACAAAGCAAUAGAUCAGACUCUAACAGAAAUACUCACUAGGGUCACUUCUUUGCUGGGACCAACAGUGGAGUCUGCUCUGAAGCCCCAAAGUGUCUUUUCCGAGGCAGUAGCCCAGCCGGCCAGCGCCCUCGGUCAAGCCUUUGUUGUAGAAGUUGUGACGGUGAUGCUGCGGAUUGAAGUGGCAUCACUGGAGAACAACGGUACGAUGACACACGAUAACCUUUAUCAGGCCAUCUGCCAGCAGAUCCUGAGAGAAAUGAGCUCGGCUCCAAGGCCCAUGGACUUCCUGGUGUGCUCGCUGCGUUUCCUGUCAGCGUUUUAUAAAGCAAUGGAGAAGAUGAGAGGGCAAGGAGAGGAGAUGGAGGAGCUCUACGUUCAGAUCAUCCAGAAUGUGGACCACCUGCUGAAAGCUCCGUGGUUGUCAUCUACUGACUCUGCUAAGCUGCAGCCAGAAGUUAAGGACCUGUUGCGCCACCUGGUGGAGAAAAACACCACAAGUCAGUUCAACAUGCUCCUGCUGAUGAUCGGAGAAGGCCUGGAUGUUCACAAGCUGAGGGCUGGGAACUGGAAGGAGGUGCUGUCAGCAGUGAUCACCGUUGAGCUGCUGUCCAGCUGUCCGCUGCCAGAGACCUGCUCCAAAGCGUUGUGGCUCUUUGCUCCGCAGAUCAUUUCUGCAAUGGUGUUCUUGGCGAGAUCCGCCAGCCAGGACCUCGCUCUGACCCUUCCUUUUACCGUUCCCACGGUGACGGCGCUGACGUCACUGUUGCGCCAAGGCGAGGGACGCAUUGCCAACCCUCAGCAUGUGAUUCUGGUUCUUGGAGCGCUGCAGUCGCUGCCUCUCGACCACCUGAACCCAAACGUUUACCACUCUGCAUUCCUGGCCAUCCAUGAGGCGCUGUUCGCCAUCAUCAAAUGCCAUCCCCAGGUGAUUUCCAGGGCCGCUCCAUCCUUCCUGAAUGUCUUCUAUCGGCUGGUGUCGUCGAUCAUGCAGGAAGGUCGGCAGAGAGGAGACACCGAUGCAGGUGCGGACGGUGACGUGUAUCUGCAGUGCUCCAGGCUGACGGAGAGGAUGUUCUCUCACAUCGCUGCCACACCUGAAAGCUUCACUGCAUUGCCAGCCUUCAUGGUGGCUCAGUACGUCACGGAGCUGCAGAAGGUCACCCUGCGGCCAGACGUGAAGCUCCACCUGACGGAGGGCGUCUACUGCGUCCUGGACCUGUGCCUGGAGCCGGACGUCAAGCUGCUGAGAGCCGGGCUGAACGCCGGAGUCAGAGAGGUGUUCAACGAGCUUUACAGCAACUACACCCACUACCACAAAACACAGAGGCAAGGAGAGGACAAGUACAGCGUCUGACCCGAAACCACCGGAUCCGAAGGGAUCAUGAUCAAAGCCACUGAAGACUUUAGUUGAGCUGAAAAUUAACUGCUUAAGUUUUCUUUCCUAUCAUGAGUUUCAUAAAUCUGUGUGCUUAUUUUGUUUAUAAGGUUUUAUACUCAAUGCAAAAAUAUAUUUAUGAAUACAU